AGGAAGUUUUGUAUCGUCGCGGGUUAGUGCAUAUCAAGGAUGGCUGCUGUGCAAACAGAGAGAGGAAUACCGCUCAGUGCGCUUAAUCCAAAGUUCCUUCACACCAACUCCACCAGCCACACUUGGCCCUUCAGUGCUAUUGCAGAGCUGAUAGACAAUGCUUACGACCCAGAUGUGAGUGCCAAACAGUUUUGGAUUGAUAGGACAUCAAUCAGAGGUCAAGACUGUCUAAUUUUCAUGGAUAAUGGCGCAGGAAUGAAUUACGAUAAGAUGUACAAAAUGCUCAGUUUUGGCUUCAGUGACAAGGAGACUAUAAAUGGCCAUGUCCCUGUGGGCCUCUACGGCAAUGGAUUCAAGUCUGGUUCCAUGCGCUUAGGAAAGGACACCAUUGUGUUUUCCAAGAAUGGAGAGUCGAUGUGUGUGGGCCUUCUGUCCCAGACGUAUCUUCAGGAGAUACAUGCGGAGAACGUCAUUGUACCCAUCGUCUCAUUCAAACGCAUCGGACAGUCAUUCCGACCUGAGUCACAACACGCGGCAAGUCUUCAAGAUAUCCUGCGCUACUCUCUGUUCCAGACAGAGGCGGAGCUUCUCUGUGAGCUCAAUGCCAUCAAUGCACUCUAUGACACAGAUUCCACAGGAACACGAAUAAUCAUCUGGAACCUCCGCAAAACAUCCACAGAUAAAUCAGAGUUUGACUUUGACACAGACCGCUAUGACAUUCAGAUCCCAUCUGAAGUAUAUGAGAGUGAAAAGGAGAAAUACAAGCAACAGUCUCACUCAUUUCAGUCAAGCCCAGAUAGCGAUUUCUCCCUGCAGGCAUACUGUAGUAUCCUAUACUUGAAGCCCAGAAUGCAGAUUAUCAUUCGUGGACAGAAAGUGAAAACCCAGCUGAUCUCUAAAAGCCUGGCAAACAUUGAAAAGGAUACAUACAAACCCAACUUUCUAAAUAGAGAAAGCAUUCCCAUCAUAUUUGGCUACAACACAAAGAGCAAAGACCAUUAUGGAGUCAUGAUGUACCAUAAAAACAGGCUCAUCAAAGCCUAUGAACGUGUUGGAUGUCAAACCAAGCCAAAUGGAAAAGGAGUGGGAGUCAUUGCAGUGAUUGAGUGCAACUUCCUUAAGCCAACACACAACAAGCAGGACUUUGACUACACAGAAGAGUACAGGAAAACCAUGAACAUUUUGGGUGUGAAACUGGAAGAUUAUUGGAAAGCAAUCCGCCAUAAAAAGGGAUUAAGCAAUACAGUAUCUAUGGAAGAUAUCCCGAAGCGUCCUGAUCAGAACUGGGUUCAGUGUGAUGAUUGUCUGAAAUGGAGGAAACUUCCAGAUGGAAUUGACAUGAAUAAGCUCCCUAAAAAAUGGUUCUGUCGAUUUAAUCCAGACCCCCAGUUCAGGCGAUGUGAAGAACCAGAAGAAGCUGAAGAUUCUGAAGAUGAAACUUCAGACUGCCUGAAAACAUACAAACAGUAUGAGAGAAACCUCAAAAAACAGCAGGAACAGCAAAAAUCUCAGGUAACAUCCUCUCAGAUGGAAGAAACCAGGUUGAGGCAGGAACAGCAGAAAACUGCAGAGCUGCGUCAAAAGAACGAGAAUCUUAAAAGGAAAGUUGACCUAGUGUGUCAGCUGUACCAAAAAAGCCCUUCCUCACCCAGAUCACCCCCUUUGAAAGCAAUGAGCCCUUUCAAUCCAAUGACCCCUUCACAGUCUGCUUCUAGCCCCUCGGACAGCAUGCCAGUGAUUUCAAAUGUCAGGUCCCUUUCCACUCCUAAAAGAACAAAGACAGGUCUUGAUUUAUCCCAGAGCCAUCUUGUAAAAAGAGCAAGAACAUUACAUGACCACUGUAGCGAUACACCAGGUAGUCCAUCAACAUCCGCAGCUACAUCAGAUGUCAUAACCUCACCUUUGGCGAUCGCAGACGAUGAUGGCAAUGCAGUCAACGAAAACAAUGUAGAGAGCAGUGACGAUGAUGAUGUUGUUAUUGAUGAGACCAACAGCACGCCAAGACGUAAACCCUUUGACCUUUCUAAGGUGAAGAUGGAAAAAAAGACCAGUGAAGAUGCACCAGGAUUAUAUAUGGAGUGCAGUGAUCAAGCUUCUGUGGAAACUGAAAACACCGGAAAGGAAACAAUGGAGGCAUCGACCUCCAGUGGCCAAACAAGCAUAACAACCCAAACAGAGCAUUUCAUUAUCAAGGCGGAGAAAGAUGAGCAGAUAAGAAAGGAAGAAGGUGAGAUCAAGAAAGAAGAGACUGAGAAUGAUGCGAGAAGGAUGGAACAGAGCGCUAUUAAGGUGGAAAGCAGGACAAGUACCGAUACAGAAAUCAAAGGCCCCAUGGAAAUAGAGAGAUGUAGUAGCGUAGAAGUUUCCAGACCAAAUCUUGAAGAAACAGAGAAGACACCUAAGGAGAAUAAGAUCAGUUUUGAACAACAUGCAAAGUCAGAAAACCAGGAAGGUAUGGCAUCAACUUCCAAGACCUCACUUUUUUCUGACAUAGAUAUAAACCUUAUGCCAACACUUGAAGCACAGAAGCAACAGGAUAACCUGCUAGAUCUUCUAGAGGCCACAGCUUGGGAGAGAGAUGAAUUCAGAGAGCAAGCUCAGGAGAAAGAAAUCAAGCUUUUAAAUCUCACUGUAAGGAAGAAGUGCAGCCAUCAGAGCAUCCAGACAGAUCCAUCAGAGGAACAGAACUAUAAGACUCUCUACUUGCAGGCCACCGAGUCCAUCAACAAGCUUACGCAAGAGAGGGAUGAGCUAAAAGUGAAACAGCAGGAGUUGUUGCAAAUCAAAGCUGAAAAAGAGGCACAGGAUGAGGCUAAGAGGAAGGAACAAUCGUCAACAACGAGCAUUUGUGAAAAUGUAGAUGAUGAAAUGGCUCUUCAGGUGGAUCUUCUUCUAAGAGAGCUGGACAAUCGCAACAAUGAAUGCAAUGAGCUGAGAAUUAAGUUGGAGAGCUUGGUGCAGGAGAAAGCUCACUGGGUACAGUUGCAGAAGGAAGUAGAAGAGCUGAGGAAACAAAGAGAGGCGUGGAGCAAUGCAAGAGAGCAAGAGACUCUGAAGGACAGUGACACUAGUUCAGAACAAACAUGCAGCACAAGAUCAGCUGCAAACCUUGUGAAUGGGAUCCAAAAGCAAGGAGAGAGCAGUAAAAGACCCGUCGAGGGAGAAAACGCAGUGAUGCCGGCCAAGCUGAGGGAGCUGCGGUGCAGCAUCGCCCGGUUAUUGGUCACUUUUGUUCCUGCCUUGGACCUCGACCAAGUGAACUAUGAUUGUGAGGUCAUAGAUGAGAUUUUAAACCAGGUCAUACAGGAGAUUUCCCCUCCUUAGACCACCUUUACUUAAAGCCAGAUGCCAAAGUGUUCAGCCUAGGUUAUUGGUUUGUUCAUGGUGACUCAAUGUUCAAAUUUUAUUCCACUCUGAAAACAUAAUAUUAAAUUGUUACGUUUUAUUUAUUUACAUAUUUUUCCUGAUUAACACUUGCAGUUCUUUGGGCAAGUUUUACAUUGUUUUACACAUUCUUAUUCUUUUAAUCACUGGAAUAGGAAUAAAUUGUUUCAAGGAUAACGUUUGACCUUUAUGUAAAAAAAAAAACGUUUUGCUUGAUAGCUUACAAACGUUUAAGGUUUCUAAAUUUUUUCUGAUAUGCAGUUGUUUGUAUUUCUAAUAAAAGAAUACUUAUACUCAAUUGUAAUUGGAGAAAAGCUGUAGUAAAUGCUACUCAAAUUGUGUACAGGCAGUUCUGUGUAUAAUAUUGUACAUAAUGCUGCUUUUGAAAAAAAAAAGUUCAAUAUAAAAUAAAUUUUAUACUUGUUUGAUUCAAA